CCCAUUUCAAGUGUGUUAAAAACAAAGAUGGCGGGCGACAUCAAGAACUUGUCACCAAAGUCACACGUUAUCAUUGCGAUUUUCAUGUUCAUUGCUUAUCAGAACAAUUUUAGAUUUGGAGUUGAAACGGUCGAAAUUGCAGCAAAGGUAGAGUUACUAGGAGAAUGCCUAGACUACAGUAAUAACACCAUGGCUGAUUUGGAAGAAACAAAAUCAUCAGCUACAGCAUGUGAUGCUAAAAUCUGCCACAAGAAGGCUUCUGGAAAUUACUUUGUAACACUCAGUUGUCAUCCGGACGUCAUCAACCUAGUAGACCCAGCAAAUUGUCAGUUAACGGAGGAUACUGGUGCAAACUUUCCUGACUGUUGCCCAAAAGUGACCUGUGGAACUGGAUCAGCCCCUUCUACUGUUGAUCCUACAUCUUGCUAUGACUUGCACACAACAAGGUCCUGUGAUAUUUGGUCAGACUUGACAAAUUCUUGUACAGAUUACUCUGUGUUCGCCAUACAGAACUACACCACAGUCUACUGUAGACAAACCUGUGGAAUUUGCAGUUCUGGAUGAAUAUACAGACAAAACCCCAAAACAGCUACUGUUGUUCAAAAUCCUCAAAGACUAAAAACACCCUUUUCCUUGUUAUUCAAAGGGUUGCGAGACCUUUUUAUGUUUUUUUCUUUUCAAAUUUUAGAAAAGGACCACAUGAAAACCUUAAGAAAAAAAUCUUUUGUAAAAAUUAAAAAUUGGUUGAUUUUACAACCAAAUAAUUAAUUUCCCAUUGUUUGUAUGCAGAAUGCGGCUUUCUGAUUGGUUGAGAUUAUUUUUUCAUACCACUGUGAAAAAAAAUCCGAGAAUGGCGCGAAAAAUGUGACGUCACAAUACGAAAAGUGACGUUGCGUAUUGAUUUGAGAAAAAGAAUCCCAUAUUAAACCAGUAAAAUUGUACAUAAAACAUGUUUUAAAAAAUUAAUUAUAAGCGUUGAUGUCAAUUAUUUCUUAGUUUCAUAGGGAUAUGAAAAAAAAUGUGUUUGCAAACUUCUGUAAGUAUCUGCUAUGCGGAUUCAUACAGUUUGCAAACAAAAUUUUUUCAUACCCCGAUGCACUAAAAACGAUUGACAUCAAUGCUUAAGCAUAUUUAUAUCAUAUCUAAAAAGGUACUCUAAAAAUUAUGACAUAUUAAAAAGUUUAUGUAAGUACUGACGACCCAUUUAGAUGUACAGUGUACAAAGCUAUUGAUUUAAAAAGUACAUGUACACAGAAAUUGAUGACACAGUUUGACAGAUGCAGAACAUUAAGAUACAAAAGAACCAAUUCAGUGAACGCAUGAUGCCACAGUUCAAAGGUAUACAACAAUCAAAAGAUGGACAAGGACUGAUGACAUGUAAAAAGUACAGUGUACACAGAAAUAUGGGACAUAGUUAAAUGGGACAAACAGAAAAAGGAAAGAUUUUUGUACAGGUGAUACUAAUUAUGUGCUGGUUACUUGGAGGUUUUACAGAUUAUAAGUUAAAUCUAAUAAGAAAAAAAUAAAUGAAUAAAUGCAAUUUCUUACUAUAAAUAUUCAAAUCACUUGCAUUUUUAUGAAAUGGAUUCUGAACGAGAAAGUACACUUGACUUGGAGAACCCAGAAGACUCCCAACAUUAGGACAUUAAAACCUGUAAUUUUAAAUUUCUGAUAGAAAAGUUUUAUAAUUUGAUAAUACCACUUGAUAAUCAUUCAUCAAUCAAUUUAAUGAUUGAGUUAAAUGAUUUCUGUAAAACUUUGUAUAAAAUAUUAAAACACAUUUCUUAGAAUUUGUUUAUUUAUUGGAAAAGGCCUUUAAGUAGUUUUAUUGUGUAUAUACAUGUAUAAGUGUACAUGUUACUAGUUUUAUGUACAUGUGUAGGUAGAUUAUUUGCUGGACAAAUUACAUAGCAGUAAGCAAUAUUUUUCCUUGUGUAUACUUUUUAUUGAUUUUUUAACUAAUUCAAAUUCGCUGUGCGAACAUGUUGUAUUUGCCUGUUACUCUAUAUUAUAUAUAUUAUAAUUAUAAGUUCUAAACUAUGGAUCAAUUGUGAUAAUUCUUUUUGGAAAAGCAUAUAUCCAUAUUGUGAAUAUAUUUCAUAAAUAUAUUGAAGGCUAAUUUCAGGAAUAUUCUUUUACCCUUAAUCAUUUGAAUUUAUUAUAAAACAGAGUGGCAGAAAUUAGUUAUGAUCACUUUAAGAUUUUGAAUUUUAGUGGUUCUAAGUAAUAUAAACAUUUAACAGGUCGGUUAAGUUGUCAUAAGUAUAUUAUUUUAAUUUAACAUUAAACAGUUCUGAAAUACCUUUUAUUUUACAUGUAUUUUAUUAACAUUAAGAUAAUAUGCAUGAAAUUUAUAUUUUGAAUUCAUAUUUACCAUAAUAAAAUUGUAAUUUUGAAUAGCUUUUUGGAAAUUCCUCUGAAAAUUCCAAUUGUGUAGGGAUAUAUUUUAUAAACUCAUUAUGCAAUAUUGAUUUUCCAUCAGUGUUUUGUUGAUGAUUGGAGACAGUUUUUGAUCUUUCAAUUUGAAAUGUGAUGAAGAUAACUGUGAUAUUUCCAUUCCGUAUUAUAUUCUUUAUGAACAUUUGUCCUCCCUGUCUCGGGCCAGGCCAUGGAAGUCAGAAUCACUGUUGUAUUUUGGUGACUCCCCGUUAUUUGAAUAUGUUCUCAUCCAUUUAAAUCAGAUGACAUCAAAUUACUUUAUUUUGUUAGAAAUCUAUGUUAUGGAAUGUUUUUAAAGAUGAAAAUGGACCUAAUAUCUUUGGCCAGGGUGACAACUUGUUCUUUAUACAUUUACUAUGAUAAAUCUAUUUAGAUAGUUGAUUAAUUGUCACUGUCUUAGUUAGAGAUACAGUUAGUAGUUCUACCUAUAUGUACAUACAAUGUAUUUGUCACACUGCAACAUAGUAGUGAUAUACAAACAAUGAACAAUUCACACAAAUCUAUGGGUUUUCAUUUAAUUUGAAAUGUAAAGUUUAUUGAUGAUAAUGUAAUCUCUGUUUUCUUAUCUAAACUUAGUGAUGAAAUACCAUACUACUUUUGUCAAGUAUAUAGAAGAUAUCUAACAGUGUCUUCAGUAAUACCAAAUAAAUAUAUUUCACUCGUGUGGCUAAUAUUUUUAUAUUUUCCAGUCGUGCUGCGCACUCAUGAAAAACAUCAAAAUAUUAGAAAUAUAUUUGGUAUUACUGAACACACUGUGAGAUAUUCUGUUUAUUACAUUUAUAUAGCAAAAUCUACUGGAGCAGCUUUAAAGUUUUCCCAUUGUUGUUUGUAAGCAGUGUUUUGCUUGGUCAAAUCAGAUAAAAAGUGAUAUUUUUUAAUAUCAUUUUUCACUGGUAAAAAUGUUAUAAAUAAUAUAUUCUAACUACAAAUUCAUCCGUCCAUAUCUUUUAAUUUUCCAAGCUUAUAUGAAAAUAUACAUAUUUUUUAUAUUUGAAUAAUGUAAUAUAGAUUUAAGAUAUCUUGACAGCAAUAGAAGGCCACUUUCUGCCUUAAAAUAAACAGUCGUUGAGUUAUGCAAAAUGUGUUUUUUUCUUUAUUACCACAAAAGAUUGAUUACAUAUCUCUUAUUCAUAUGUUCCAUAAGCAUUGGAUACUUAAGAAAUGAAUUUCCUAAUAAAAUCAAUACGUUUAUGUUUUA